GCGAACGAGGACACUUUAUCGCGGCAUGUCGGAAGCGACAAGUGAAUAACGUACAACGUGAUUCGGAUCGUAUCAACUCAUCCGGUUGGUCUGAUGAAGAAAAAGAAGAAAAGAAAAAGCACUUGAAAGCCCUGUCGGUCGGUCGGUCGAUCAACAGCGAGUGACAUGAGGUUGCUGCAUGUAGCAGUUACGAUCAACAGUUGCGAGAACCAGAAUAAUACGCAAGUGUUCCCCAGAAUGCCUGGAAUCAAAAUCAAGUUCAGCAUCGAUAAGAGUAUUGUACCCGUUAAAAACGCCUAUUACAACGUCCCAGCGGCCUUCAGGGAGGGAGCGCGAAACAGGCUGCGAGAGAUAGAACUCCGUGGCAUUAUAGAGCGAGUCACUAAGGCACCAGAGUGGAUAAGCGGCAUGUCAGCAGUAGCCAAGGGUAAAAACGACUUCCGGUUAGUUGUCAACAUGAGGGGACCUAACAAAGCGAUCAAACGAGAGUACUAUCGUUUGCCAUUGAUCGAUGAAAUGAAACUAAAACUUCAUGGGGCUCGAUAUUUUUCAAAACUCGACCUGAGUAAUGCAUACUAUCACUUGGAACUAUGUCAAGAGUCUCGCGACCUUACGACGUUCCUAACCGAAACAGGCAUGUUUCGUUUUACGAGAUUAAUGUUUGCCGUUAACUGUGCGCCCGAGAUAUUUCAACGCGAAAUGGUCCGUAUCCUAGAGGGCGUAAAGAACGUGAUCGUGUAUAUAGAUGAUAUUUUAUUAUACGCAACAACAUUGGAAGAACUCCACAAAAUAGUUGCGCAGGUGCUACGCAUAAUGAAAGCAAACAGUCUGACUAUAAACACGAGUAAAUGUGAAUUUGAUAAGGAUCGAAUCAAGUUUCUCGGCCAUGAGCUUGACAAGGACGGUUUUCAUAUAGAAGAAGCUAAGGUAAAGAGCGUUCAGUACUUUAGAGAACCGACGACGAUCUCUGAGCUCCGCAGUUUCCUAGGUCUUGUUUCGUUUGUGAGCCCUCAUAUUAAAAAUUUUGCCGAUAUAACCAGUCCACUCUGGACCGCAACAACAUCGUGGAAUUGGGGUCCUCAACAACGAGAAGCAUUUAAUGCCGUUAAAGAACGUAUCAUACAAUGUACUAUAGCGCAAGGUUUUUUCUCCGAAGAUGACAGAACAAUAUUGUUCACAGAUGCCUCACCGGUGGCACUCGGUGCUGUUCUUGCACAGGAAAACAAAGACCAAACUCGCAGAAUCAUCUCAUUCGCCUCCAAGGCUCUCACGACGACCGAGAAGAAAUACCUGCAAAAGGCAGUGAUUCAAUCCUUACAGACGGGAAAAUGGCCCGGAAGUUUACGCAAAUUUCAAGCACUUGAAGGUAAUUUAACUACACGAGAUGGUAUCGUUGUAAAAACCGGUUGCGUGGUAGUACCAGAACAGCUGCGCGAAAAGGCACUUGAGGUCGCACACAACGGCCAUCCAUCAACGGCGAAAAUGAAGUCUAUCCUGCGUCAACGUGUGUGGUGGCCGGGUAUGGCCACUGAUGCUGAAAAGUGGGUAAAUGCUUGUGCUAUCUGUGCUAUAAACGGACGACCUGAAAGACCCACUCCAAUGAGGCGUACAUUUGCUCCAAAGACAGUAUGGGAAACUAUCGCCUUAGACUUCAAUGGACCAUAUAUUCAGUUCGGUGGAGUUUCUAUCCUUACAAUUGUCGAAUAUCGUUCAAGAUAUUUAAUCGUCAAACCUGUGAAGUCGACGAGCUUUGACAACGUGAAGCCAAUACUAGAAAUGGUCUUCGAGAGGGAAGGUUUUCCAGCAAACAUCAAAACCGAUAAUGGUCCGCCCUUCAAUGGGAAUGAAUACAAAACUUAUUGUUCUGAGCGAGGAAUUAACACUAUUUACUCCACUCCUCUUUUUCCUCAGCAGAACGGCCUGGUAGAGAGUUACAUGAAGGUUAUAAAUAAGGCGAUGUCCACUGCAUCUUCUAACAAAACCAACUUCAUCGAAGAACUUCGUGCUGCUGUUGACGCUCACAACGCUGCUACUCAUCGAGUAUCAAAAGUAGCACCUGAAGAAAUUAUGACUGGUCGAAAAAUAAAACGUCGACUCCCACUCUUGCGUCACGAGAGCAGCAAUAUUGAUGAUGAGCUGCUACAGCAACGAGAUCGGGAUGCAAAAUUACUGGCAAAACAACGCGAGGAUGCUCGUCGAGGUGCCAGGCCAUGCCGUAUUCAACCGGGUGACGAUGUCAUUGUCGAACGUUCGUCACGGGCGAAGGGGGAGACCAGAUUUUCACCAACACGUUUCACUGUUGUUGAAGAACAAAACGGCAGUCUCACGUUGACCAACGAUGCAGGGCAGAUUCGCAGGCGCCAUGUAUCCCAAACCAGAAAGUCCAUCCGUGGCGCCAAACAAACGACGAGGGUACAUCAGGAAAUCGAAGAGGUGAACAGUUAGACCUAACGGAACAACAACGUCCAUCUCGGGAGAGAAAAACACCAGAGUAUUUGAAGGACUACUUGAGAACAAUACAAUCGUCUCAAACAACCGAGGAGAUACGGAGAUACUGUGAAUAAAACAUCCUCAAUCACUUAUAGCGAAUUCGUUUUUAAAACUGAGUCAGUGCCAAACUGACUCUGUAAUAAAAAAACCUUUUCAGUUUCACGAAUGCGGUGUUUUGUUGGUGUGCGUUAUAUAUAGCGAAUUCGUUUUUAAAACUGAGUCAGUGCCAAACUGACUCUGUAAUAAAAAAACUGGAAGUGGGUUAUAUCUAUGGUAUAACCGCAAGGGUGACGUAGGACUCUCGUUGAUAUAGAGAUCAUUUGUAUGAAGUUGAAUCUGAAUUCAUUCUGAAUGAAUGAAUAUUUGGAGAACAUCGAAAACGAGAGCGUUACGUUGGAGGCACAAGGUUUUAUGUAUCCAAUAUUGGAUACGGAAAUAUCCUACUGAUGGGGAAGAAUAAUCUUCAGAAGCUAUCCUGUUGAUUGCGAUUGAUUGAAAAACCACAAAACCAAAUGUAGUUGGUCACAGUGUUACAUGGAUAGAAAACAUUCAAUUAAACUCUUUCACAUGAAUAUAUUUUGAAAAUUCCCAGAGGAACUGGCAGAUUAUUUUCAGUAACGAUUAGUUAUUUCCACAUUUUCCUCGAUACUGGAAGCCCACCAGUGGUUAAUGCCAACUCGAUAACCACCUGUUAAUAGCCGCGCGUGUAUGUGUGUGUAGCGAUGUCUUCCCAGGGAACCGUUUGUGGCAUCACUCUCCUCCUGAUAGAUUCCCUUCUGGCCUAGGGUGCACAAACAGGCUCUUGGUGACACCUUUCAUCCGCGCUUUCAUGAUAAAUAAAGAGCUUCACCGCAACAGCAUAAAGAGCUUCACCGCAACAGCGACAACAUGCUCCAAUCGCUGUUCAAUUAGAACUGAGUGGAUUUCCGAGCGCCGCUCGCUUAUAU